GAGGAACGCUGGGUUCCCAAACUAGUAUUAAACAAAAUCUAGUUAUGUUUAGGAAUUGUUAAAUAUGGAGAUAGCGCAGAGAACCAAGGAAACUCCCCCCAGUAUGCAGUAUGAGAAUGUUGCACCAAUGGACUAUUUUCUCAACCUGGUGACAAAAUUCGAAACAGAUAUGACAGAUUAUAGAAAACAGAUAGAUGAGACACAUCAAUAUCUACAGACCAUGGGAUCAGGAGAACGUGUUACAAGCUCAGAUAUAGUUCAGGCUGUACACCGUCUUCAUUCUGCCUUUACUGAUUUAGCUGCCAGAUACCAGUGUAUUCAUCAAACCCUAGCUAGAUGUAAACAGCAGUACAUUAGUGUACAUAGGUUAGUUAACAGAUAUGAUUCAUCUAACCCUAGCUAGAAGUAAAAAGCCGUA